GCAUAUUUAAACAUAAUUUGCAGUCGACUAAACGAGCUGCACCCGACCGAAGAGCUCCGAGGUACCUUUUCCAAUAUCCUUCACAAAAUUAUUAACCCACAGUGCAUAUAUUUUCUUUAACAACAUACACCUUUGGAAUAACUUAUUUUGAUUCGUUUUUUAUUAAUUGAAGGAAAAGAAUGACGAUCAUGAGCGGACCCAAUUUCGCACCCCAUUCUUGGGGUGGCCAUGGAGGAGGUUUCGGCAAUCAGACUGUGGUGGACAAAGCAUUGCCGGACAUGCUCCACAUGAUUGACUCCUACUGGUACGGCUUUCCACCAAUGAAUUCACUAUGGUACGGUAUCUUGGGCUUCGUCAUCGGAUGCUUGGGAUUCAUUUCUUUCGUUGGCAAUGGAAUGGUCAUCUUUAUAUUCAGCACCACAAAAUCUCUCCGAACACCUAGCAAUCUUUUCGUCAUCAAUUUGGCUUUUUCUGAUUUUUGCAUGAUGUUGUGCAUGUGUCCAGCUAUGGUAAUUAGCUGUUAUUAUGAGACAUGGGUAUUGGGUCCGUUCAUGUGUGAGUUGUACGCGAUGACUGGAUCCUUGUUCGGAUGUGCUUCCAUCUGGACGAUGACGAUGAUUUCCUUUGACAGGUACAAUGUUAUCGUCAAAGGAUUGGCCGGUAAACCACUAACAAUCAGUGGAGCAAUUCUUCGAAUACUGGGACUCUGGAUUUGGGGUGUUGUUUGGACCAUCUUCCCAAUGUUGGGAUGGAACAGAUACAUCCCUGAAGGAAACUUGACAGCGUGUGGAACUGAUUAUUUGAAUCCAGAUUGGUUCUCUCGAUCUUACAUCCUCGUCUACAGUGUCUUCGUGUACUUCAUGCCUCUUUUCUUCAUCAUCUACAGCUACUACUUCAUCAUUGCUGCUGUAUCGGCCCACGAAAAGACAAUGCGGGAGCAAGCUAAGAAAAUGAAUGUUGCUUCACUUCGAUCCUCCGAAAAUCAGAGUGCGAGUGCUGAACAUAAACUCGCCAAAGUAGCAUUGAUGACCAUUUCAUUGUGGUUCAUGGCGUGGACACCAUACUUAGUUAUCAAUUACGCCGGCAUCUUCGACUCAAUGAGACUAACGCCAUUGUUCACCAUUUGGGGCGCUGUUUUCGCUAAAGCAAAUGCAUGCUAUAACCCAAUUGUAUAUGGCAUCAGCCAUCCAAAGUACCGAGCAGCUCUUUUCCAGAGAUUCCCAUCUCUUGCCUGUGCAAGUGAACCUGUUGGUGGAGAUGCAGUUUCCACCACCUCUGGUGUGACAACCGUCACGGAUGGAGAAAAGGCUGCUGCAUAAAUGCAAUUCAAAUCGAAAAGUUACAAAACGUAACAUUCAAAAUCAGACGAAAAAAAUAUGUGCGCGGGUGAAGAAAAUUGGCCUUAAAAAACAAUUAAUUUAUACUUUUUACAAAUCAGGAAACAAUUGAAUUUGUCAAUUAGAAAUAAUUUACACUCGCUUUAAAAAACAUGUGCCAAUUGUAAAUAUUACACUUUAAUGGCAGUUAGUGUUUCAAAAUGAAAAGCGAAUCAGAUUGAAUUAAUUGUUUCAAAAGGAAAUGAAAAUUUUUGUAAUUCCAAACAAUUAUAUUCAAUCUAAAAAAAAAUACAUGCAUUUCCUUUCUUUUAAAAUUUUUGCUAAUAGAAUAUUGAAAAAGUAUUUUUUUAAAAUAAACUAAAAAUCUAAUACUAAAAUAAUUUUAAAAGAAAGGAAUCUUCUCAAUUUACUGGUGCAUAUUACUUGUAUACUGAACGAAUAUUUUAUGCAAUUGAACUAUCAUUAAUUUUUUGACACUUUUUCACACCACAAUUCGUGUCAUUUACAAAUAAUGUGUAGGGCAGUUUAAUAAGAUAUUCACUUGUUUGUAUUAUUUAAUAUAUUCCAGUUUAUAAAAAAAACAAUCAACUUCCGUCAAGUUAUUUUAAAACAUCUGGUGAUAUUGUUAUAUAUGUACCUAAUUUUGUAAGUCUAAUAAACCCUUUAAGCUAUCGCA